CAGCCUUAAGCGAGUCAGAGCACCCAGGAGCUCAGACCCCAGUUCCCCACUGCCGCCCUCCGUGGCACCUCCACUCACCUUUUCUCCCCACCCACCCUUGCCAGGGUCAGUGGCGGUGUAGGUGACUGAACCUGGCGGCUGGUUGCAAAGACGCUGUUUUCCUCCACCUCCCUCUCCCUCUUUCCCUCACCCCCCACCUCUUCUUCCUCCUCCUCCCUAGGGCUCUGGCCUCCUUUUGCAGAUCGUACGCCCAGAUCUGGGGAGCUCAGCGCCUGCCUCCCGCCGUGGCUGGACUGCCCAGGGCCCUGCCCCUCAAGGACGUUGGAGGGGCGGACUUGUGCCCCAGACUCCGCAUAUUUAUAGCCUGAGAUUGGGAGAAGCUGGAUCAGGGUGACAUCUGGAGCGGUGUGACUCCCCAGUUCUCUCAGUGCAGAGCUGCUGCACGCACGGUCUACGAGGAACUCUCCACUCAGAAGAAAUGUGGUGGCUGUCUCCUUUACCCACAAAAAAAAAUGGAAAACGAGAGACUGUAUAGGUGUAGAAAUUAUAGCCUCCUUACAAAGGAAAGACACUCAAGACUACAAUUUACAGCUGAAGAAAAAUAACCUGCAGCUUCUCCACAGUGCAGAUUAGAACUUGGAGCCAUGAACAUCAGCAACUGUACCACAGAAGCCAGUGUGGCAGUAAGGCCCAAGACUGUCACAGAGAAGAUGCUUGUUUGCAUGGCUCUGGUGAUCAUCACCACCCUGACCAUGUUGCUGAACUCUGCUGUGAUCCUGGCCAUCUGCACCACCAAGAAGCUCCAUCAGCCCGCAAACUACCUGAUCUGCUCGCUGGCUGUGACAGACCUCCUGGUAGCGGUGCUUGUCAUGCCCCUGAGCAUCAUGUAUAUUGUCAUGGGAAGCUGGAAGCUUGGGUACUUUGUCUGUGAGGUGUGGCUGAGUGUGGACAUGGCCUGCUGCACCUGCUCCAUCCUCCAUCUCUGUGUGAUUGCCUUGGACAGGUACUGGGCCAUCACCAAUGCGAUUGAAUAUGCUAGAAAGAGGACAGCCAAGAGGGCAGGACUGAUGAUUCUCACUGUCUGGACCAUCUCCAUCUUCAUCUCCAUGCCCCCUCUGUUCUGGAGAAGCCACCACCAGCUCAGCCCACUCACCAGCCAGUGCACUAUCCAGCAUGACCAUGUUAUCUACACCAUUUACUCCACACUUGGGGCUUUUUAUAUCCCCUUAACAUUGAUCCUGAUUCUCUAUUAUAGAAUUUACCAUGCAGCCAAGAGCCUGUACCAGAAAAGGGGAUCAAGCAGGCAUUUAAGCAACAGAAGCACAGACAGCCAGAAUUCAUUUGCAAGUUAUAAACUUACACAGACUUUCUGUGUGUCUGACGCCACCACCUCAGUAGACCCUACCACAGAGUUUGAAAGGAUCUACACCUCCAUCAAGAUCCCUCCCUUUGACAAUGGUUUGGAUUACCCUGGAGAAAGGCAGCAAAUCUCUAGUACCAGGGAGCGCAAGGCAGCACGCAUCCUGGGACUGAUUUUGGGCGCAUUCAUCUUGUCCUGGCUGCCAUUUUUCAUCAAAGAGUUGAUUGUGGGCCUGAGUGUAAACACCAUAUCCUCUGAAGUGGCUGACUUUUUAACAUGGCUUGGAUAUGUUAAUUCUCUAAUCAACCCUCUUCUGUACACAAGUUUUAAUGAAGACUUUAAGCUGGCUUUUAAAAAGCUCAUUCGAUGCCGAGAGCAUGCUUAG